UCUGUGAGACGGCCAAAAUCUAACCUCUCGCCAACAUUAUUGUCAGUUUAAUUGCCUCUGUCUGUAAACGUCGAUUAUUUAACUGUAUUGUGUACUGUGUCUGUGUAUAAUAUUAAAGUACGUAAAAGAAAGCUGAAACAACCUCCAGUCCGUGUUUCGCAAUUUUACUACAAGUGUAAUUUUAUUAAGUACGUAUAAAAAAAACAUACAACACAGAGCUUCCUUUAAAAUAUCGAUAUGAAUGAAGUGGUAACUAUCGACCACUAGGAAGUUAAACAGCACUAGCAGAUGAUGAAAGAAAAAGCAAAUGGCUGACUAAAUCUACGUUCUCAAAUUCCUAAUAAAAAGAAUCCGAUGUAAUUACAUGAAUUAUGCGCUCUUUAUGAUAAUGAUUAGCAAAAUAAGUCUGUAAAGAUUAGAAAGAACAUUGAUGACAAUAUAUUGGCAGCAGAAAGCUUGCCAAACUUGUACAAAUUGCUAAAUAAAACUUAGCCUUAUCACAAUUCAGUACAUUGCAAAAAUAUUAAAUUGUGUUUGUGUCGGACACACGCCCGUUUAACUUCCUGUUGAUGUAAUGUGAAGAAGCCAGCACCGGGCGGGCCCGCCGCCCCCGCAUCAUGGAGCGAAGCUACGAAAAACGGCACAGCAAGCACCACAAGGAGAAGCAUAAGAAGCGCUUGCACAAGAAGUACAGGAUCCACGGUACUCAUGAACAAUCUUACGCUACCGUCAACUCUGUCAAACCUCUAGUGGAGUAUUCCGAUGUGAGCUCCGAGGAGCUCUCGGCGCCGGAAGCCGGAGAAAUCGAGAGCGAAGCCAGCUCCAUCAGCCGGCACAUCGCAGACGACCUCGACCGCACGAGGAAGUCGCAUCCCAUCCGCACCUUUGUGGACAACAAGACGAUAUCCGUAACCACGUCGAGCCGCCGCGACGAUUACAUUCUCACGCAUGAUUCUUCUUCGGCAGCGUCGAGGAAGCGCCGGGGGCUCGAAUAUGUAGAGGAGCCGGAGUUCGACGAGCAAAGAUAUAAGAAGAAGAAAGAGAAACGGAAGAAGGAUAAAAAAAAGAAAAAAAAGAAGUCGAGGCACCACUCGCGGUCGGCGAGCCUCGAGAGCGUGUCUCCCGACGACAACGUGCCUACCGAAACGCCGGCCCGGGCCCAGAGCCCGCCUCGGUACGAAAAAGUGCCGGUCAGUGAGUGGGAGAAGGCCUCGUCUCCUCUCCGGAACGGGUCAUGUUCGCCCGUGUCGCCUUCCACACCGCCGCUGAUGCGACAUGAAGUGUCGCCGCGACAUCGUGAGCUAUCGCCACGACAUCGCGAGCUCUCGCCACGACACCGCGAGUUGUCGCCACGACAUCGCGUGCCGAUGCUUCGUGAGGCGUCGCUGCAUCAUGCGAAUCCGUUCUCCCCUCAUCGGGAUAGAUCUCCAAUAGUUAGGUAAGUUUAUUUUCC